AUUCAUUGAUUCGAACAACUUGCCGUUAGAAUCUCAGAUGUGCACUGAUGGUCGUUGUGAACGGUUGUUGUUGUGCCGCUUGCGUUUAAUCAGCCUUGUCGAAAUCGUUAACCGGAUGCCAACCAAACUAAAAUCAGAGAGCAAAUCACAGUUUGCUGGUGUCAAGUGGAACAUUUAAAAUUCUCGAAUAGCAAAACAUAAAAAGGAAAAAAAAUCUCAUCACUGAGCCAUGCUUAAAUGAAGUGAAGCAAAAAAAAAAAAAACAGAAAAAUAUCAUUAAUAUCAUUGUUGUUGCCGGCCUGAGAGUAGAAGUAGUAGAAGAGGCAGAAGAAGUAAAGCAAAACACAUAACGGCAAAACGGAAACCGAUUUGAAAUUGUGCGCGUUGCGAUAAAAAAAAGGAAAUCAACAGCCUCAAAACCAGCCAUAGGCAAUGAAGAGUGAGCAACAAGAAAAAAGUGUGAAAUUAGAAUGUCCAUGAAUUAAAACGAAGAAUACCCGAAAAACAAAAACUAAAGCCGAUAUCAAAGUUUAUAAAAAAAGAAUAAACAGCACAACAAACUUUCGAAGUGAGAAAAAAAAAAAAUCCUACAAAUUCAGCGGAAGUUGCCAAGAUUGCUACAAAAUACCCUCCUCAGUUACUGUGCGUGAGGCAUAACAAAAGGUUGUUGCCGCGUCGUGCUCUCAAAACUUUGUCGCACUCGAACCAACAAGGAAAGUGUCUUAAUUAAAAGUGUGUUCAAUAAAUAAACAAGCUGGGAAAUAUUCAAAGUAGAGCAGAGCCGAGAGAGAGAGAGUGAAAACCGAGUGGAAAAUUCUCCAUUUCCUGCCACUCUGGCAUCGGCUUCCAAAAGAGGAAACCAGCAAAACAAAAAAUUGUUUUAUUGUUAUUAUUUUUUUCAAUUAAGCAAAACCAGUGUUGUGCGAAAAACUUUGCCAUUCUGUGAAAGUUUUACGGUAUAAACUAUUCCCGAGAAGUUGAUCGCUUCAUUGCCCAUAUUUGGCAUAAGCCAAACGAGCAUACGUGCCUGUACAAAAUAUAUAAAUUUUUGUUUUUGUGUGUGUGUUUCAGUAUUUCCGUGUCCGUCGGCAUAGUGAGUGUGUGUGUGUGUGUGUUUAUGUUUGUGUUAAAAGUUAAGCCACGCAUACCUUAGUAGUGUUAAAUAAGAGUUACACGCACACACCUCCAAAUAGAGGAAAUAACACCAAAAUAUCCUUUGGCUUGAGCUCUAACGGCAGUUACUUAAAAUCGACACACACAGUUCUCAGCCUCGACAAAGUCGUUGCUUCGUUUACGCUGGUGUUGGCUGUUGGCUGAAUUAAAAAUGACUCGUAACUUUAUCGUUUUGACCACGUUGUGGCUAUGGCUGCUGCUGACGACGGUAUGUGGGCCCUCUUUGGCCAUGGCAUGCCCUGACAACUGCAAUUGUUUUCAACGCACUGUGCGCUGCAUACGUUCCCGUCUAACCACCAUACCCAGAGUUCCACUGGAUACCAAAGUUCUAGAUUUGCGCUACAACAAUUUUGAGGAGAUACCCAGUCGUGCAUUCGAAGGCCUCUCGAAGGUGACUACACUGUUCCUCAACGAAAAUGAAAUUUCUAACUUGCAGGAGGGAGCAUUUGAGGGCUUGCCAUCGUUGCGUUUCUUGUAUUUGAACUCGAAUCGCAUUACCCGCUUGCCCAGAAACAUUUUUCAAUCGCUGCGACAAUUGGAAGGCAUCUAUCUGGAGAACAAUAAUAUCUAUCAAAUUGAUGCUGAUACAUUUGCCAAUCUACCGCUAUUAAAUCGACUUUUCAUGUUCAAGAAUAAACUCACUAAUCUGCCACCGGAUGCAUUCACCCGUUUGCCAAGUUUAAAGCGUCUACGCUUGGAGGAGAAUCCAAUCGAUUGUAAUUGCGGCGUUUACUCACUGUGGCGUUACUACCAACAGCAUCCGCAACGUAAACUCAUCACCAUAGCAUUGACUUGUGAAACGCCAUCGACAUUGUAUCGUUACGUAUUUACCGGAUUACAGGAGUAUCAUUUCCACUGCAAAAAACCGGAAAUUGUCACAGCGCCACAUGACAUGCAUUUAACAACAGGUGAAAGCGUCGAAUUGCCAUGUCGCAUGGUCGGCGAUCCACAGCCGGAAAUUAUUUGGAUGCAAAAUACCAAUGAAAUCUCCCAGGACUAUGCGCCCAAAAUGCAGGUCCUUUCCACCGGCACACUCAAAAUAAAUGAUGUCAAUGCAAAUGAUAUUGGAAUUUAUGAGUGCAUUGGACGCAACGAGGUGGGUGAGACACGCACCCAGCCCAUACGUAUGAUGGUGGAGAAUGAGAUUCCCAUACAUGGCAUUGGCAUAGAGACAGGCUUUGGCAUUGCCAACAACGACAAUGACAACUACCAUUAUAUAAGCAAUGGCAACAACAAUAAUCAAGUGUGGAAUCAGCCACAGAUUCCCUACCAAGGUGGAAGAGGACACUUUGACGCGGCAAAUGGUAGACACUAUCCAGAGUUCACACAUGGCAAUGAACAUCAACAACAGCAGCCAUUCAGCACUUGGCACAGACCAGAACAAACACCAUCCGCUUAUUUGCCCACUCAGAGGCAACCACAUCAGCCGUAUCCACAACCACACCUACAGCCACGUCCCCAGCAAACGCGUCAGCAAACAACAACCCAAUCACCGCCAACGCCAGCUCCAGAGCCUCACGCGCCCAUUUUUAUCCACUCACCUAGUGAUGCUACUGUCGCAUUAAAUGGUGACCCAGUGCGUCUGGAUUGUUCGGCAUCUGGUCUACCUGUUCCAGAGAUUAUGUGGUACUACAAUGGUCGUAUGGUGGUCCAAUCCACCGAUGCGCUACGCAUUCACGCCAAUGGCAGUUUGGUUAUUGUCAAACCCACCCUGCUGCAGGCGGGCAUAUAUCGCUGUGAAGCCACCAAUUCCCUGGGAAAGGUGGAGGCCACGGCCAACAUAGAUGUGAAAGAACUGCCCGUUAUACUAAUGGCCCCACAAAAUCAAACAGUUAAAGUUGGCAAAAGCUUUAUACUGGAAUGCGAUGCAGAUGGCAACCCAAUACCAACUAUCUCUUGGCAAUUUAAUGGCGAACCAAUUACGCCAGUGGCCGACAGCGACCAUGUGGUUUUGGAAAAUGAGAAUACGGAAUUGAUAAUAAAUAAGGCUCAGGAAACGGAUUCAGGCGUCUACACCUGCAUUGCAGAGAAUGAUAAUGGCCGCACAAAUUUAUCAGCCACCAUCAGAGUGGAACGGGUACGCAGUGCUCCACGUCUGCUGAUUGAACCUUUCAAUCUGGAUGCAUUGAGUGGCACCAGCAUUGAGUUGCCCUGCAAGACAGAGGAGACCGAUGGGAUACAGAUAACAUGGCGUAGAGAUGGACGGAUUAUUGAUCCGAAUGUUCAAACAUCAAACAAAUACGAAAUCAGUGGCACGGGCAGUUUGUUUGUGCGCAACGUAACCAUAUUCGAUGGGGGACGCUAUGAAUGCUCGGUGAAAAAUGAUUUUGGCCGGUCAACAGCAUCGGCAUUUGUUACCAUAAGGAGUAACGACGAUUUGGCUCCCGGCGAUCGAUAUGUUCGCAUUGCAUUUGAGGAAGCUGCCAAGGAAAUCGAUUUGGCAAUUAAUAAUACCAUCGACACCUUAUUUAUCAACCGCAAUCGCACCAAGCCCAAUGGUGAAGCUGCUCCACCCAACUAUGCUGAUUUGUUAAAAGUAUUCCGCUUCCCAACGGGCGAAGCCAGGCAACUGGCACGAGCUGCUGAAAUCUAUGAACGGACCUUGGUUAACAUUCGUAAACAUGUUCUGAAGGGGGACAAUUUGACCAUAGAAAGCGACAAGUACAAGUUUAAGGAUCUAUUGUCUCGAGAACAUCUGCAUUUGGUGGCCGAGCUGUCGGGUUGUAUGGAACACCGGGAAAUGCCAAAUUGUACAGAUAUGUGUUUCCAUUCCAAAUAUCGCAGCAUAGAUGGCACUUGCAAUAAUCUGUUGCAUCCCACUUGGGGCUCUUCCCUAACCGCUUUCCGUCGUUUGGAGAAGCCGAUUUAUGAAAAUGGUUUCAGUUUGCCUAUCGGAUGGAUGAAGGAGAAACUUUAUGCUGGCUUUGAAAAGCCUAGCUCCAGAUUGGUUUCCACCACUUUAAUAGCCACUAAAGAGAUAACGCCCGAUGACCGCAUCACUCACAUGGUUAUGCAAUGGGGUCAGUUUUUAGAUCAUGACCUUGAUCACGCCAUACCCUCUGUGAGUUCAGAAAGUUGGGAUGGUGUGGACUGCAAAAAGACUUGUGAGUUUGCUCCACCCUGCUAUCCCAUUGAAGUGCCACCCAAUGACCCUCGCAUUACCAAUAGGAGAUGUAUAGAUCUUGUUCGUUCCAGCUCAAUAUGUGGCUCUGGCAUGACUUCGGUAUUCUUUGACAGUGUCCAACACCGUGAACAAAUCAAUCAAUUAACUUCCUACAUUGAUGCUUCCCAAGUGUAUGGCUACAACGAAGCCUUUGCCAAUGAAUUGAGAAAUGUGACCACCGAUGAUGGCCUCCUACGUGUGGGCAUACACUUUCCCAAUCAAAAAGAUAUGUUACCGUUUGCAGCUCCCCAAGAUGGCAUGGAUUGUCGUAGAAAUUUGGAUGAAAACCAAAUGAAUUGCUUUGUAUCCGGUGACAUAAGAGUAAAUGAGCAGGUGGGUCUUCUGGCCAUGCACACAGUGUGGAUGCGUGAGCACAAUCGCAUAGCGAUUGCCUUGAAAGAAAUUAAUCCUCAAUGGGAUGGUGAUACGUUGUAUCAUGAAACAAGAAAAAUUGUGGGGGCCCAAAUGCAGCAUAUCACCUAUAAGUAUUGGUUGCCUUUAAUUGUAGGCGAAAGUGGUAUGCAAAUGCUGGGCGAAUACAAGGGCUACAAUUCAUCGGUCAAUCCCACCAUUGCCAAUGAAUUUGCAACGGUGGCCUUGAGAUUUGGCCACACCCUCAUUAAUCCUAUACUACAUCGUUUAAACUCCUCAUUUGAACCCAUACCUCAGGGUCAUUUGCAAUUACACAAGGCUUUCUUUGCCCCCUGGCGUUUGGUGUACGAGGGUGGGGUGGACCCACUGAUGAGAGGCAUGUUUGCCACCCCAGCCAAAUUGAAACUGCCCGGACAAAAUCUUAACACUGAACUCACAGAGAAGCUUUUCCAAACUGCCCAUGCUGUGGCUUUAGAUUUGGCUGCCAUUAACAUACAACGAGGUCGAGAUCAUGGCAUUCCCGGUUACAAUGCCUAUCGCAAAUUGUGCAAUCUCACCGAGGCUCAGACCUUCGACGACUUAGCCAAUGAGAUCACUGACAAAGAUGUAAGAGAUAAGCUCAAAGAGCUCUAUGGUCAUCCGGACAAUAUCGACGUAUGGGUUGGAGGUGUUCUAGAAGACCAAUUAGAGGGUGCCAAGGUAGGACCACUAUUCCAAUGUCUCUUGGUGGAGCAAUUUAGACGUCUGCGUGACGGCGAUCGCUUUUAUUAUGAAAAUCCCACUGUGUUCUUGCCGCAACAGCUGGAACAAAUAAAACAGGCAAACUUUGGUCGUGUUCUAUGUGAUACCGGGGAUAAAAUCGAAGAAGUAACCGAUAACGUUUUUAUUUUGGCCAAACACCAAGGAGGUUACAAGAAAUGUGAUGAAAUACCUGGAAUAAAUUUGUACUUCUGGCAAGAUUGCGCUGCCUGCAGCAGUUUGCCUCCACUCUUCGAUACAUAUGUACCACAGACAUACGUUCAAAAGAACAGAGCCAAGAGAUCAAUAAUGGCCAAACAACAACCCCUUCAGGAGGAGGAGGAAUCAGCAGUCGAAUAUGAUUCGUUCAAUAAGAUAGAAGAGCUUAUGGAUAUUAAUGAGGAGCGUGUCAGUGGCUUGGAAGAGGUCAUCAGUGUUUUCCAAAAAGAACUCAAAAAAAUGCACAAGAAAAUGCAUAAACUGGAGGAGGCCUGUGACAGCCCUAGUCCCAAGGACAAACCCUCCAAGAGAAAUCAUUGCGUUGAUGAUAAUGGCACCACACGCCUCAACAAUGAGGUCUGGUCCCCGGACUACUGCACCAAAUGUGAGUGUCGUCGGGCCCAAAUCACCUGUACGAAAGAAAAAUGCGGCGAAGUGCACUGCGAACCCGGCAUAGAUCCCAUAACACCGCCUAUGGCUUGCUGUCCCCAUUGUCCACAUCUUUUUAACAAGACUCCACUAAAAAAUUAAAUAUUACUCACCCCAAUUUUUAACUUUCAAUUUAUUGAGAACAAACAUUGAUUGAUCUUUUUCCAAAACAACUAAAAGCUGUUCAUAACAAUAAGACAUGUCAAGUUUGUAACACCGAUAUCACAAAAUUUACCUUUUUCUGUAAAAAAAAAAAAAAUAACAAAAA